ACGCGUUUAUUUAUGUUCUAAUUAUAAUGCUAUAAUUAUAAUAUUUUUGAUGUUUUUGAUCUACCAUUUUUUCGGUUUUUAUUAAAUUUAUCAAAGUGAUUAUGUCAAUACAUAUUUGCACUUAUAUGAUUUCUACGAUUAUAUAAAAAUUAAUCGAAUUAUUAAAUACGUGAAAAUAUGAUAUCACGUUCAUGUUUUAGAACUUUAAAGUUAGGUGUUUAUAAUAUGCUUCAUAAAGGUCCACGUCCAUUAGUUUUGUGUGGUCCUUCAGGAAGUGGAAAAAGUACAUUAAUAAAAAAGCUUUUUGAAGAAUUUCCAGAUACUUUUGGUUAUUCUGUAUCUCAUACCACUAGAGCCCCUAGACCAGGCGAGGAAGAUGGGAAACAUUAUCAUUUUACUACUAAAGAAAAAAUGCAAAAGCAGAUAGAACAAGAUGAAUUUAUCGAAACUGCUAUAUUUAGUGGAAAUAUGUAUGGCACUAGUAAACGUGCAGUAGAAGAAGUACAGCAAAUGGGUAAAGUUUGUGUAUUAGAUAUUGAAAUACAAGGAGUAGAGCAAGUAAAACGAAGUUCUUUAGAUCCCUUAUAUAUAUUUAUUAAACCACCAUCUAUAGAAGAGUUAGAGAAAAGAUUAAGAGCUAGAAAAACAGAAACAGAAGAUGUUUUGAAACAAAGAUUGUCUAUUGCUAAAGUAGAAAUGGAAUAUGGUGAAAAAACUGGUAAUUUUGACAUAGUGAUUGAAAACGAUAAUUUUUCAAAGGCAUAUAAUAUAUUAAAAGAAUUUGUGAUGUCAAAUUUGAAACAAGGAUAAGCAGGUAUAAUAAAUAAUGUUUAUAUAUGUGUUAAACAAUAAUAUUUAUAUUCGUAUUUUUAAUAUAGGAUAUUAAAUUUAUAGGAUAUUAAAUUUAUGCUUCUUAAAGAUAUACUCUUCUUUGAAAUUAAAUUAUAAUUAUUUUUAUAUAUAUAUUUCUAUGUAAAUUAUAAUAAUAAUUAAUUAAUACAUGAUAAAAUGCAUAAACUCAUGUUCAAAGAUCAAAUUAGUAGAUUGAA